UAUGUAAACUUAGAUAUUUUUAAGAUUAGCUUAAGAAGUACUAAACUAAAUGUUUUAAUAGUAAGUAGCCUACAAAAUUAGUUCGUGGAGAAAGAGCACUUAUUAUGGAAGUGUACUUUUUCACAUAGUGUGCUUUCUGCUGGCCCGGCUGCGCUCGUCAGUUUGACUGGGCUCCGCUAUCUUUGCCUAACAAUAAAACUUUACCAGACUCUUAUCAAACUUUUGAAGGAGUAACCCCUGUCAAUACAAUUUGAUUAGCUGCCUAAAAAGUGGAGAGAUGUUCGAAUCAACAAACACCAAUGCGCUUGAAUCGGAUUAUAUCAUUAUUGUCAGAGGAUAUUGCCUUCAAUGGACGAGCACAGGUAGGUCAAAACUUGCUAGCAGCUGGCUAGUCAAUGUUAACUACUUAUAAAGCUGUAAUUUGCCUUAGCAUGAGGUAUUAUUUAGCUAUCUUCCUUACCAGUAUUUGUUUUUUUGCGUUUUAACGCGAGUUCAACCAUCAUUUGGCCGCGGGAUUGUGCCAUGGUUUGUUGUUUCUGUGUGUUACGAUCGGGGGAAACCGCAGUAUCUGCGGUAUCAAAGCUGGAAAAACAAAGCCAGAACGCAGUAACAUCACUUACUGCGGUUUGCCUUGGUAUUAGCAUGGAUUUUGUAGUUACUGCAAUUUUGACACCCUCAUUUCUCUGAAACGGGACAAAAUUGAACCAGGAGACUUUGUCACAAGACAGAACAGAUGUCAUAUAGCUCAUUUCAAGCCUUAACUCAAUUUCGACCAAGUGUGUAGUUACUGCGCUUUCGCUUUGGACGGCAGUAUUAGUAUGGUUCAAAAACACUAUAGUAUUUCCUAUAAUAUUUUUCACCUGGGAUUGUUUCAGGUAGCCUCUAGUGUUUAGUACUUUCCUAAAGUUAAAGCUAAUUCUGAUUGCAAAGCAGUUCGAUUUUUUUAAUCAUUAAUAAUUUACCUCGGCUAUAUUUCCCAACAACAGUUUUUAUUAUCUUUGAUCACAUUUUUGUGAUGUCAUCCAAGAAUCGUAAAAUCAAAUUGCUAUAAAAAAGAAUGCGUUACCUACCGCUUUCAUCGGAUUCUUCUCUUCCAACUGCCACUUCGUCUGUGUGACGUGAGAAUCUAUGUUGCCUAGUAACGAAUGUGCUUGCAGCAGGAUCACGAAAUUUACCCAGAAACAACAAAUUCUGAUUUCUGAUUGGCUGGUAGGUGACAAUUAUAUCAGGAUGUCUAGUGUGACCGUGUCCGCGGCUCGACAGAUAUGAACUCGGCAGAGAACUUCUCUCCUGUGCCUCGUUCAUUAAUUGUAUAGAGUGGGAAAAGUUUUCUUAUUUUUUCAGCGUGAGAAAUACAAGGUGUGGCGUGUGAGCGUGUGAACUGACUGAAAUGCGUGAUUCUCACGGUCAAUGCGUGAGACUUGAGAGCCCUGCGUAAACACUUCUCUGUAGACAACAGUAGUUGGUGUGUGUGCGAGUCUGCGACAUUUAUGCCGCGCUGCGCAACGGUUCAUCAACGUGACAUCACUGUACCGCGAGAGUAGUUUUAAAUGCUGAGCGAUCAAAUGGCUCUCGCGAUCAUACGAUGUAAUCCUCCAAUCAGUCUGCACAGAGCGGCAUGAAGUCGAACACGCCUCUUGUGUAAAUGGUUAUGUCUAACAACUGCUGCAUCUGCUUUCGCGAGACCGCAUAGUUUUUAUUAAUACCUGACGACACAAAAUGAAUCCACGAGGUGUCUUGGCUUCUCUGCAUUUGCUCGUUACCAUUGGUUUUAUUCCAGUAUGUUUGUGUGCCCAAGGACGAUAUGCAUACAAGCUUCUGAAUGAUUUAUUUGUGAAUUACUCCAAAGCACUGAGGCCUGUGGAGGACACAGACAACAUCAUUAAUGUCACGCUGCAGAUCACUCUGUCACAGAUCAUUGAUAUGGUAAUGGUUCACAGUCAAUCACUUUAUUUCUCUUCCUCUCUAUCUGACUUCUAUGUCUUCUAUACUCAUUAUUUUGCUUUAUUCAAAGGGAUUAAAAGGGGGAGAACAAAUUUUUUACAGUUUUGUGUAAAACUUUGUGGCCUGCCUCCAUUUCUUUUCCUGUCUACCAGCGCAGAUGACCAGUUCUCCAGCUCUUUGGAGACCAACGUAGUGAUCCGCCAUGAUGGCCAGAUCAUGUGGGACCAGCCGGCGAUAACCAGGAGUUCAUGCAAAGUGGACGUAUCGUUCUUCUCUUUCAAUGUGCAGCAGUGCCGCCUCACCUUCGGAUCCUGGACGCACAACGGCAACCAGAUGGACCUUCAUAACGCCCUGGACAGUGCCGAUUUAGCAGACUUUGUGGAGAACGUAGAGUGGGAGUUUCUGGGAAUGCCUUCCAAGAAGAACAUCAUUCUGUAUGGUUGCUGCUCAGACCCACAUCCAGAUAUCACUUUCACACUUCACCUGAAAAGAAGAGCUUCCUUUUAUAUCUUCAAUCUUCUCAUACCCUGCAUGAUGAUCUCCUUCCUGGCACCGCUUGGCUUCUACCUGCCCGCUGAUUCUGGAGAGAAAGUAUCUCUAGGGGUCACAGUGUUACUGGCCCUUACAGUUUUCCAGCUGCUUGUCGCUGAAAGCAUGCCUCCUUCAGAGAACGUGCCGCUUAUUGAUCCUCACUCUUUGUUUGGCCUCCGUGUCUUUGGAUUGUUUGUACAGCGCGUGUGGAUUGUUUCGUGUCGUCUUCGUGUUGGAUGUUCCGGUCUCUAUUCAGGAUUAUUUUCCACUUCAGACCUACACCACCAACGACCACCACAACCACCAUCACCCGCUUUACCACCGUAGUCCUUCGUGCACCAUUACCAUCAUCUGGACAUUGUGUUUGCUUACAUCCUUGUGUUUGUCUACAUUAUAUAAAUAAACCUGUGUUAUUUUCCUG